CCCAACCCCAACCCCAACCACAGAAACCCUCCCCCAACGCAACCCCCCACCAUCACCAAGGUCCAAUCCUCCGUCUCCGCCCAGCGGACCCCCAAUCGCAAACAUGUCGCUGUACGAGAACCUCUGCCAGCUGCCCCUCAGCUCCGAGCUCUUCUGCCAGGCUAUCCAUCCCUCAGAGCCUAUUGUUGCUGUUGGGCUGUCCAGUGGGCAUGUUCAGGCUUUCCGCCUUCCUGCUGAGGAGGAGGAGGACAAUGCUGGGUCCGACGAUGAUGAUGAUGAUGAAGAGGAUACCACUACGCUUUCGGCUCUGUCCAAUGGCAAAAGCCACAUCGAAACGCAAUGGCGCACGCGCCGCCACAAAGGCUCCUGCCGCUGCCUAGGCUUCAGCCCAGACGGCGAAGUUCUCUACUCAGCAGGCACCGACACCCUCCUCAAAGCCUUCUCCCCCCUCACCGGCAUCGUAACCUCCAAGCUCCUCAUCCCCGCGCACAACGACCUCCCCGACCACCCCACCCUCCUGCACGCCCUCUCGCCCCAAACCCUCCUCCUCGCCACCGACUCCAGCGCCCUGCACCUCUUCGACCUGCGUUCUUCCUCCUCAUUCGGCGCCCCCAAGCCCGCCGCGACGCACAGGCCGCAUGAUGAUUAUAUCUCCUCGCUCACCCCGCUCAAGCCGUCCGAUGCGAGCACCUCGGGGUUCGCGAAGCAGUGGGUUACUACCGGGGGGGGGACAUUGGCGGUUACGGAUUUGAGGAGGGGCGUGUUGGUUAAGAGUGAGGAGCAGCAGGAGGAGUUGCUUAGUUCGUUGAGUGUGGAUGGGUUUUCGACACGGGCGGGGGGGAGUGGGGAGAAAGUUGUUGUGGGUGGGGGGAAUGGAGUGAUAACGCUGUGGGAAAGGGGCGUGUGGGAUGAUCAGGGGGAGAGAGUCGUUGUUGUUCCUGGCGGGAAGGCGGAGGGCGAGAGUCUCGAUGCGUUGGCGCGUGUGCCGGGGGGUAGGGAGGUGGUUGUAGGCUGCGGCGAUGGGAAGGUGAGGAUUGUGGAUUUGACAGGUCGAGGCGUGAGGCAUGUUCUGAGACACGACGAGGUGGAGAGUGUUAUCGGCGUGGGCUAUGAUUGCUACGGCCGUCUGAUUUCAGGGGGUGGGAACGUAGUCAAGGUUUGGGCGGAGAAGGACGGUGGAAGGGGGGGUAGUAGUGAGAGUGAGAGCGACAGCGAGGAGGACAGUGAGAAGGAUAGUAGUGAUAGUGAGGGGGAGAAGCCGCAGAAGAGGAGGAAGGGGAGGGGGGGGGUGAAGGGGGAGGGGGGGACGCCGAAUGGGGUUAUUGGGUUUCAGGGGAUGGAUUGAUGGAUGAUUGCUGGAGUGGUGGGGGAGCAUGUAUAUAGUUGUCACUGGAGCCAGGCGUGACGGAAGGAGUUCAUUGCAUCCUCGAUAUGCUUAAUUGCAUCCUGGAUAUGCUUAAUUGCAUCCUCGAUAUGCUUAAAACAAAACCUUACUAUUCCCUCCGUCCCCACUCAUCCCCCCAAAAUAUCCCCCGAAUUCACCGGCCCCCCAUCCGGCCACCCCUCCCCCUC